GGAGAGGCGGUGUUUCAGAGAAGGCGGGUGGUGCUCUUGUAAUUGGAAAAGCUCCGCGAUGAGACAAGACGCUUUGGCGAACACCGCAGAGAUUGAUUGCGUGAGAGGGAUUUGAGUGGGUGCAACCGACCAAGAGAAUCUUCCAGUUACUGUCUUUCAGGCACACGUACCUUCGCGGUAAAUUGCAUCACAUCUUCUCUUCGUUUAGGCUACUAUCUCUACCCAUUCGGCGUAUUUCACUCGGAUAACUUCUCUCUAAAGGAAAAUACUGUUUAUGGUUUUGACCGAAGAUUUCAAGAUGUCUCGCACCGACGAGGUUCACCGCAUAACGGAGAAUGUCUACAAGUCCAUCAUGGAGCAGUUCAACCCCUGCUUGCGGAACUUCGUUGCCAUGGGGAAGAGCUAUGAGAAGGCCCUAUCCAAUGUGACGUUUGCUGCUAAGGGCUACUUUGAUGCCCUGGUGAGGAUGGGAGAGCUAGCCAGUGAGAGCCAGGGAUCCAAGGACAUGGGGGACGUGCUGUUUCAGAUGGCUGAGGUCCACAGACAGAUCCAAGUACAGCUAGAGGAGAUGCUGAAGUCUUUCCACAACGAGCUGCUGUCUGAGCUGGAGAAGAAGGUUGAGCUGGAUGCUCGUUAUCUGACGGCUGCGUUGAAGAAGUACCAAGUGGAGCACAAGAGUAAGGGAGAGAGUCUGGAGAAGUGUCAGGCUGAACUGAAGAAACUCCGCAGGAAGAGCCAGGGCAGCAAGAACCCCUCCAAGUACGGAGAGAAGGAGAUGCAGGUCAGUCUCUAUGGAAGGGCCGACAGGCUCGGACGGACGCACGGCUACACGCAUGGAUGCACGCACACGCAGACAGACACAUGGACGCACGGGAAGUAA